AGAUCGGCUACCAGAGUAUGCAUAUAUCUUGUGCUUGAUUUAGGUUUUAAACCAACGAAAGAACGGAGUGAUUUGGAAUUCACCCCUUUAGUUUAAAAUUAGAAAAAACACUAGUACUUUGCAGCAAUGGACGACACAAAUGAAUUAGAAGAUGGAAAACAAGAUUCACAAGUUAGUUUUUCCAAACGUUGCACAUCUUAUGAGUGGUGGAACUCUAUUUUAACUUAUGUUUUGUUACUUGUUCUAUCAUGGGCUGUGCCGUGGUCAAUAUUGGGAGAUGAAUGUUUACCUGGUAGCAAUAUCUUUGGUAUUAUCAUUCUCACAUUAUGCUGCGUCCUUGCUGGGGUGUUGGUUCAUGCGAUUCCUAUUCCUAAACUACCACCACUGCCUCCAUUGCUAGGCAUGCUGUUAGCUGGAUUUGCUUUAAGGAACAUCCCAGGCAUGGAUAUGGUCAUCACUGCUAUACAACCAUCUUGGUCUUCUACUCUAAGAUCUCUUGCAUUGACCGUUAUACUUGUGAAAGCUGGGCUAGAACUGGAUGCUUCUGCCUUGAAAAAGAUGAAAGGUGUGUGUUUGCGUCUAACUGCUCUGCCGUGCUUAGUGGAAUCGGUGGCAUGUGCUGUUGCUUGUUAUUUAUUGCUCGGUUUUUCAUGGGAAUGGGGUUUCUUGCUUGGGUUUGUUUUGGGAGCUGUAACUCCCGCAGUAAUUGUGCCUUCAUUGUUAACGUUGCAACAGAAAGGACUGGGGGUUAAAAAAGGUAUUCCUACACUUGUGAUUGCUGCUUCUAGUUUUGAUGACGUUCUUGCUAUCAGUGGCUUUAGUGUUGUACUUGGAAUUACUUUUUCAUCAGUUAGUAGUGUAUCAAUGGCAGACCCAACAACAAGCCCUCUCAACACUACAACCCCUGCAUUACUUAAUUCUUCCACAACAAUUACCACACUAGCUCAACCUGAUGGAAAAUCUGCAGGUGAAAUUGCACUCAUGAUAUUCAGAGGGCCAUUAGAAAUGUUGGGUGGAAUAACUGUUGGGAUCAUCCUUGGAAUUAUUAUGUGGUAUUUCCCUAGUAGUAAGCAGAAAAAUUUGAUCCGAACUAGGUCGUUACUUGUUGUUGGUUUAGGAAUACUUGCUGUGUUUGGAAGUCGGGCUGCAAACUUUCCCGGUGCUGGGGCACUGGCGGCCAUUGUUGCUCCCUUUGUGGCAGCUUUUAGAUGGAAAGAAAGCAAGGAACCCGUUUCAAAGUUUGUUGGUUCUUUGUGGUCAAUAUUUGAACCUGUAAUGUUUGGUUUGAUUGGAGCGGAAAUUUCUAUUACGGAAAUGGAUGGUGGUAGCGUGGCCCUUGGAAUCGCAGUUUUAAUGAUAGGUUUAUUGUUUCGCACACUAACAACAUUUGGAGCUGUUACUUUUGCUGGAUUGUCUUUUAAAGAGAAAUUGUUUGUGUGUUUUGCUUGGAUUCCUAAAGCUACAGUACAAGCAGCUUUGGGUCCCGUCGCUUCUGACAUUGCAAAAGAGUCCGGAGCAUCUGAAGAAGUCCUCAACAUUGCAAAACAAGUCCUCACGAUUGCUGUUCUCUCUAUUCUCAUCACUUCACCUCUCGGAGCUGCAGCAAUUGGGCUUUCAGGACCAAAGUUACUGAAGGAGCCAAAGCUGGAACAUGAGCUGCCAUUGAAUGAUGUAGGUAUAGUAGAAAACCAAGAACAAAACGAUGAAAGUAAACCAAUAAAAGAAGAGUCAUAACAAUUUAAGCCACUGUGAAAUCAUGCCAACUGGAAGCAAUCAGCUGUUUUAAUUCUUGCGCUUAUUUUCAAUGCUGGGUGCUAAAUGCGGAAUAUGUUAGCGUAUAUGAUAUUACUAUACAUAAGCAAUAGUAUCAAAUUAUAAAGCUGUCAAAGUAUUUCGGUAACAACAUCAGAGAAUUAGCUAAAGCUAAUUGCGCCUUUUUGAAUUGUUUUUUCUCGCAUAGCGAAACUAAAAAUACACACAGUGUAUUCAUCAAUGUUA